CUAGUGCUUCCGGGUUGCGGUCAUUUUGUGCCCGUAUCGGGGUGAUUUCUGGACUGCGGAGUCGCUGUCCGCGCCUCACCGCUACCUCUGGUGUGGUGCUACUCGCCUCCCGAUUUCCCCGCGCUUUCCCCCCUUCCUGACUCCUCUUAGGUUCCCUCCGGGCCUUCUGCCCCUGAUCGCCCGGGUUCGCCGCGCCAUCGCCUGUCGCUGUCGUCCGAGGAAAGAUGAAUGGGAGGGCUGAUUUUCGAGAGCGGAAUGCAGAAGAUGUUCCAAGACCAAUUCCUCACAUAGGGGCUGAUUACAUUCCAACAGAGGAAGAAAGAAGGGUCUUCGCAGAAUGCAAUGAUGAAAGCUUCUGGUUCAGAUCUGUGCCUUUGGCUGCAACGAGUAUGUUGAUCACUCAAGGAUUAAUUAGUAAAGGAAUUCUUUCAAGUCAUCCCAAAUAUGGUUCCAUCCCUAAACUCAUAUUUGCUUGUAUCAUGGGAUACUUUGCUGGAAAGCUUUCUUAUGUGAAAACUUGCCAAGAGAAAUUCAAGAAUCUUGAAAAUUCCCCUCUUGGAGAAGCUUUACGAUCGGGACAGGCACGGCGAUCUUCACCACCUGGGCACUAUUCUCAAAAGUCAAAAUACGAUUCAAAUAUGAGUGAUCGUUCAUCUUUUGUGACAUCCCCAGCAGCAGACAACAUGGAAAAAGAGGUGUUACCUCGUUAUGAGCCAAUUCCAUUCAGUGCUGCUAUGAAUGAAUCUACUCCUACUGGUAUUACUGAUCAUAUUGCCCAAGGACCUGAUCCCAACUUUGAAGAAAGUCCUAAAAGAAAAAAUAUUACAUAUGAGGAAUUAAGGAAUAAGAACAGAGAGUCAUAUGAAGUAACUUUAGCACAUAAGACUGACCACUCAGUCAGGCCUAUGCAGGAAAGAGUGCCCAAAAAAGAAGUCAAAGUAAACAAAUAUGGAGAUACUUGGGAUGAGUGAAAAAUUGCAUCAUUGGACCAACAGAAGGAGUUUCAAUAUCCAUCUUCAUCUAGGUGGUCAUGAAUACCUGCAUGCUUUGAGCUCAGCAGCAGUCUUCAUAAACACAUUUAAAAACUAGUAUUUAGAUUUUUGUGGUUUGGCUUAUUAAAAUGAUGUUUGAAAAACACAAAUUUUAAUGUUAAUGUGUGAAUGUAUUCACCUUGGGGAACUAUAUGAAUGAUGGUAUUAUACCAUGAUUGUAUACAGUUUGUGCAAUUUAAGUUGCAGGGCAAAGAUACUCUCCUAUAAAACUAUUGAGAGAUUGUAAUGCUGUACAUGAUACCUGCAUGUUGAAUUGGGAUGGGUGGGGGAGCAAGCAUAAUUUUAAGUGUUAAGCUUUACAUCAAAAAAUUACUUAAAAGCCUUUCUCCAGUGUUUGCUGUAUUCUCUUAAUGUUUAUGGUAAAUAAAAUAUAAAGGAACAUGCCUCUUCAUUGA